UGAGGUUAUUACAAACACGGAGAUGUAAUGUAGUUCCAUUUGAGGUUGUGUCGACAGUCUGGACGGUCCUACAUUUUGCGAAAACCAAAUUUAGCUUUUACCUCAAGAAAACAGAAAGAUAUGAGAGUUUGGGCAGUCCUCGCGUUGGUAAGUUUAAAAAGUUGAAAUAAAAAUUUCAAAUAAUAAUUCAUAAACAUUUUAGCAUAAAUUGCGACAGUAAUAGGCUCGAUAAAUUAUUGACGCAUUAAAUAGCAUCUUAACGCGCCUUUUGCUACCCAAUGAACAUUUUCCUAGACUGGAAUCUUUCCUGCGCGCAGAAAAGGUCUUUCUAAGCACAAUUUUUCAAAAUCUAAAUGUUAAUUAUCCACGCAAAAGUGAAAAUUUGUGUGCCACUGUGUCGUCACCAUCUAUUUAUGUUUCUGUGGAAAAAACCCACAACUUUCGGCAGAGUGUUGACUGCCUCUUUUACAUGAGUCCAUGGAGAGAAAUAGAGAAUCGAACGCACGAUCUCACAAGAGACAAAAGGAAUUUGCUCUGACAAUUACACUAAAGCCCCAUAUCUGCCACAAAAUCUGCUGCAUUAGCAAUUGUAUAAUUCUUUUCCGGUCGCAAAAUGUUGCUGCAACAGCAAUUUUUAACCGGACUAAUCUGCCGCCAAAUUUUCCGCUGAUGAUGAGACGAAAUUUUCGAGCUUAAAAAUCCCGUAUUCCCAAGGGAAAUUUGACAAAACAUCAAACAACUGAGGUUGAAAAAACAUUUAAAAAUUUCGUAUUCCACGUCAUGUUUAAAAAAAAAUUCCUCAUUCCAUUGAGCAGUAAACAAACAAUUUCAUAUUCCACAAACAAAAAGUGAAGGAGUUCCCCAUUCCAAAAUUGAAAAUUUCACCUCAUCCCCCAAGUAACUAGCAGUAAGUCAGUGUAUAGCACACAUUAUAUACAUAUUUAUUUGGUGUUCUAUUAAUUAUUCGAGCUUUUAUUUCUUUACGUAAAACCUUUUCUUGUAUAUACCUUUGUACUGAGUAAGGCAGUUAGAAGUGCAGUUGUCAGAGCAAGCACCUUUCGUCUCUGAGAUCGCGGGUUCAAUUUUCGUUAUGGACUCAUCUGAAAAGAGUCUGUCAACGAUCUGCCGAAAGUCGUGAGUUUUCUCCGGGUGCUCCGGUUUCCUCCCACAGGGAAAGUCUACAGGGUGUGUUAGGAUAAACACGGUUAAUUAAGAAUUCAAAGUAAUAUCACGUAUUGUUGUAAAGAUAAAAUAGUCUGCGCUAAGUUAGAAUAUGUAAUUACCUAAGCCUAUACUUGAUGUAAAACGCAUUGACCAUAUCCACGUGAAUAUUCGCGCUAUAGAAAUGGUAACCUUGGCUCAAUAAAUUUGCACUAAUGCACUAUAGUACUAUACGCGCAUUUAAGUAAGACGAGACUGAGUUUGUGAUAUUUAGAUUUUAUUCCAAAAUCAUCAUCAAGUUUCAAUUUUGCAACAAAAGCUUCCUCAUCUUUUUAGCUGCUUUGCGUCUUCGCUGCGGAAAGUAAUGGGAUGCCACUUUUCAGGAAGUUCUUAGAAGGUAAUAUUGCGUGGUAAAUUCUUUGUAUCUUUGCACGGCAGUAAAUUUAAUAUAAUUUGUUUUGGUUUGUGGAAACAUCAGACUGAAUUUGUAGACAUUGCAAGGCUCAAUUCGAUUCGUAAUCCCAAAUUUUCAUCAGUAUUUCAGUGACACUAAUGAUAUUGUCAAUGAUUACAAUGCAAUGACCUUCCUAGAGUGCUUUUGUCGUCAAUGCUGCUACGUCAAUGCAAUGUAUUUUUGGAACAGUGACCGGGUCAUUCAAUGGUACCAUCUGUUUCUAAUAAUUCAAUCUUUCAACACUUUGAAAGUUUAUAAAGAGACCAGUCCAUUAUUUUGGUUACAGCAGCUGACUCGUCCCCCAGUUGUCUCUAAAGGUCUUGGAAAUAGAGCUCGAGAAAUUGCUUGAAAAUUUAAAACAAAAAUUUAAAACAAAUGUAAAAGUCAAAGCAAUACCAAGAGCGAGUGAGGUUUGAGAUAUUGCGAGACAUAUUGCGAGACACACGCAAAUGCGAGCGCGUGGAAAACUUAAAAGGAAACGAGUCAGUUACAGCAGUAUCAGUUGACACAAGCUAAUUAACAAGUUAGAUUACGAGCUUGGAUUUCUAUGAGAUGAUAGAUAGAGGUUUUCUAUGAGGGGAUAGUUCUAUGAGGUGAUAGAUAUCAACUAUCACCUCAUAGAAAUCGAGAGCAAGAAAUCUGAUUGUUUUAGUAGUACCAGAGAUCAAACGUAAAAUAUUCCACAGUAUUCCAUAAAAUAUCACAUUUUUUUUAAAUGCGCCAGGGAAAUGAUUGCUUUGCUACGCUCUUUAACGAAAAUAGAUAGCGAGUAGAGUAGCAAAUCAAAAUUACAGCAUUUGCAAUGGACACUCUGUUAUAGAAUUAACUCGUUAUGCAGUGUGAUGUCAUACUGAUGAUAUUUGCAUUUCAAACAAAGCUGAAUAUCUCGGCAUAGCCUAUCGAAGGGAAGAUGGCUGUGAAACUCAUUAGAAUAACAAUAUAACUCAUUAUCUAUGUCAGUCAACGUUUAUUCGUAAGUCUGGUCCUUCACCGUCAUGUGCGCGUAUUGUAUUUUUGCCCAACUAAGCAAUAGCAAUAUUGGUUUAGGAAAGACUCGAACAAUAGGGUAAACUGGAAAUGCUAUUGGUGGAUUUGGCAAAAAUACAACACACACGCGACUGUACGCAGAUUUAUGAAUAAACGUUGACUGACAUAGAUAAGGAGUUAUAUUGUUAUAUUGUUAUUCUAAUGAGUUUCACAGCCAUCUUCCUUCAAUUGGCUAUGAUCUCGGGAAGGAAGAAAGCUACUAGUAUUCUACCAAAGAGGUGUUAUAGUCAUUUUAACUGAGUGAUCUUUGCAAUGCAACCAACAACAGAUUGAGUGAAAUUUUGUGUCUUAAUUAAGCACCUUAAAAUUGGCUCAGUGUCCUCACAGUGACGUAACGCACUCCAUAGCAGCAUGCAUGUAAAAUUUGAGGGCCUGGGCCCUGUAAAAUAUUCUAAAACUUUCAUCUUGUCUCGUUUAAAGGAUGGAAGGGAGCGGUCAAUGAGUCCAAUUCGAAUUCCACAGAAGUUGUGAGAAAGGUAACAGUUCAUGUUGUACUUCUCUAAAUUUGAUCUAGUUCGAUAACAGGGAGUUGAAUAAUUUUUGUGACAUUUUUUCUUCAUUUUUUUUAGUAUGUUUCGUCUCUUGGAGAUAUUAUCUCAGGCACUUUGAAAAGUACGUAAUAUAACUUUUGCAAUUUUUUUCCAUUGGAUGGAGAACAGUGGGAUUUUCAAAACAAUGAAAAGAUAAAGGAACAUUACGAUCAUUGGAUCGUGAUGGCCGCUAAUCUGAUCCAAUACUAUGGCGCCAUUGAUAUGCUGAGUAUAGACGAGCGAAUGUUCCUUGACAAGUUUUCGCUACGUCUAAAUUAAAGUAGCAAAAUUGGUCAAUCCGUCUUAUGCAAAAUAUAAAAAUCUCUCCUAAAUGAAUGUAUUUUUUGUCCUCCAAAGAAAUAAGCCGAGCAGUCAGCCCAAACCAUCAUCGCCACCAUCAUCACCAUCAUUUCAGAUGGAAUCGUUGGAGAACCACACCUAAUCCCUAUCGUUCCACUUGGGACCCAUGGCGUACGACUGAAAGCCCGUGGUGGGAAUACAACGACAAUAGCACUAGGUCAACAACCGAAAGUUGGGAAGAGGCGACUGAAUAUCCUUGGGAAGCAAAUACUACAACAGAAGGUUGGUAGACUAUACUGCGCAGCCUAAUUACUUAUUUAUAUAGUCGUCCACGCGUGUUUGCGCACGAUCAAGCGCGGCAAAUACAUGGCCCAUUCGCCACCCGCAAAUUGCACGAGUCCAAUUCGAGGUCUUUGAAUCGAAAAAGUUUUGAACGGUUUUUUGAAGUUUUUCAAAAUUAUACACGAGAAACAAUACUAUUACUUAUUAAUAAUUUACAGUAAAUAAUUAUGCAGAAGCUAAUAACUAAUUUAAUCAUUCACUCAUUUGAAUGGCACAACUACUUGACACAAAUAUUUAAAGUUUGUAAGUUCAUUCAAAAUGUUUAUUCAAAAUAUCUUUUGUUUACGAGAUUGGCACUUAUUUCUUCUUUGACACCCAAUUUCUUUAUUGCCAUAUUUUUUUUGGGGGGGAGGAGGAGGGAGAGGGGGCUGGUGUUGAUAUGAAGUACUAAGUAUUGUAUUCCUUUCUGUCUGAUGAUGACUUUCUGUCUGAUAAUGACACCUCACAAAACGUCCCCAAAAAAAUUUUGAACAAUAGUUUUACAUAAAGGGGGCUUUAAUGUAGUUUUUCAGGCAUUUCUCGACCUCAAUUUUCCAGAAAAUUCAUUAAUAUUUAACACGUUCCGCAAUUCCAGCAUUCCAGGGCCCCUCUCCGCAAGUUGGGCCCCCUUUUUUACUAUACUUUGGGGGUGUUACACACCCAAUCUCCACACCUCCCCCAGUAGUUCCGGCCCUGAUUUCACGAUGGCAUUAUUAUUCGAAAUUUGGUAUGAUUUAUAUAUGAUUAUUUCCAUACGAAUAGAUUGGCAGCCCAGGGAAAGAUGGUGGCGUCCAACAAAAUAUUGGUGGGAUACGUAUACGACAGAAAAUUGGUGGAAUCCAACCAGAUACUGGUGGCAAACAAGAACAACUGAAAAUUCCUGGUGGAACAACUGGUGGAACAGACCAACUCGCAGCUGGUGGAACAGACCAACUCGCAGUUGGUGGGAAGCGACAAACACAACAACUGAAAAUUCCUGGUGGAACAGACCAACUCGCAGCUGGUGGAACAGACCAACUCGCAGCUGGUGGAACAGACCAACUCGCAGCUGGUGGGAAGCGACAAACACAACAACUGAAAGCUGGCAGGAAGGGACCGAAUAUCCGACCGAGAGUUGGGAAGAAGGAACUGAGUAUCCAUCGCAACCAACCGAAGAUUGGCGGGAAACGAACGUGUAUCCAUGGGAAAGGCAAACAACUCGAAGUUGGUGGGAAGGUACCAAAAGUUGGUGGGAUACCUACACGACAAAAGGUUAGAGAUUGGUGCCGCC